GCGGCCGGGGGUCUCGUCUCCCCAAUCUCCAUGCGGCGUCGUAUAUCCCCCAGAAAAAAAAAACCCCGAAACAAAUGGAAAAUCGAACCUCCUCCGAUUUCCCAACCCCCCCAGUGAGCCACUUCCACGCAGAUCAAAUCUCAAAUCUCAGCAGCCAGCAGGAGUAGCUAGCACUCCAGUAGUAUAGUCGGAUCGGAUAUCACCGCUGCCCCCUCCCCAACCACCCGUAACCUGAAUCACGCUGCGGCCCACUUCACUCCCCCGCGCAGCGCCCGCUCGCUCCCUGUACGCCCCGCGCCGCCUCGCCGCCGGCGAGCUAGAACAGCGGGAGGAGCAGGGGGUUGGUGGCGGCGGCCGCCCGACGCCGCGGCGGGAGAUGAAGGCCAAGAGCCUCCCCUUCAUCGCCUUCGAGCACAAGCGGGACGCCUAUGGUUUCGCUGUGCGGCCACAGCACUUGCAACGGUACAGAGAGUAUGCCAACAUCUACCAGGAGGAGGAAGAGGAGCGGUCUGAUAGAUGGAAGAACUUUCUGGAUAGGCAGGCAGAAGACGAUGAAUCAUCUGGAGAAGAUGCUAAGAUUGCGCCGUCCAUUGAGGAUGAAGGAGCUAUAGGCGAUGCUGGCAGGACCGACCUGCCUGAUGAGAAGACAGCCAAACAGCAGAGACCACAUAAGAUCCAAAUAUGGUCUGAGAUCAGGCCUUCAUUGGGCCACAUUGGGGAGAUGAUGAGCUUACGUGUCAAGAAGAAGAAGAAGCAAUCUUCUGCUGAUGAGGAGAACACUGAAGAUAUCAAGCCCUCAGAGGACUCUGAUGAUGAAUUCUAUGAUGUAGAGAAGGUUGAUCCCAGUGAAGGGCCUGUUGCUGACAGCACCAAUGCAGAUUCAGGAACGAAUAGAGCUGCAAGUCAAGAAGGGUAUUUUCCUUGGAAAGAAGAAUUGGAGUGCUUAGUUCGUGGUGGGUUGCCAAUGGCUCUGAGAGGAGAGCUAUGGCAAGCUUUUGUUGGUAUUGGAGCUCGCCGAGUGAAAGGGUACUACGAGAGUCUCCUUGGGGUGGUUGAUGGAGGCGGAGACAGCAAAGGUUCCGAUUCUCCGACUAAGGAAUGUGGCGAUGGGAAACCAAAAGCAUCUCAAGAUCUUUCUUCAGAAAAGUGGAAAGGGCAAAUAGAGAAGGAUUUGCCUAGAACAUUUCCAGGCCAUCCAGCUCUAGACGAGGAUGGCAGAAAUGCUUUAAGACGCUUGCUCACAGCUUAUGCUAGACAUAAUCCAUCAGUCGGUUACUGCCAGGCAAUGAACUUCUUUGCUGGUCUAUUACUUCUAUUGAUGUCUGAGGAGAACGCAUUCUGGGCAUUGACAGGCAUUAUGGACGACUAUUUUGAGGGUUACUUCUCUGAAGAAAUGAUCGAGUCUCAGGUGGAUCAGCUUGUUUUAGAAGAGUUGGUCAGAGAGAAAUUCCCCAAGUUAGUAAAUCACUUGGACUACCUUGGUGUACAAGUUGCAUGGGUUGCUGGACCAUGGUUCCUAUCUAUAUACAUGAACAUGCUUCCCUGGGAAACUGUUCUUCGUGUGUGGGAUGUGCUUCUGUUUGAUGGAAAUCGUGUGAUGCUCUUCCGGACAGCCCUUGCACUUAUGGAGUUGUAUGGUCCUGCACUUGUGACAACGAAAGAUGCUGGGGAUGCCGUAACUCUCUUACAGUCUUUAGCUGGUUCCACUUUUGACAGCAGCCAGCUUGUUUUAACAGCUUGCAUGGGAUAUCAAGCUGUAGAUGAAGCAAGGCUUCAAGAUCUGAGAAAUAAACACCGGCCAUCUGUUUUGUCUUCGAUGGAAAACAGAGCAAAAGGUCUUCUUGCCUGGAGGAGCACCAACGGUCUUGCAUCAAAGCUAUAUAAUUUCAAGCGUGACACUGAACCAUUGGUGUCAAUAUCAACAGAACAGUUGAAUGACUCAACAGAUGGGGAUGCUAACCAAGAAACCAGUUCUGGAAAUAUUGAUGAUAUGUAUCAUGGCUUGACUGUCAACACUGAGAUUGAUUCUAUGCCUGAUCCCAAAGAUCAGGUUAUCUGGCUGAAGGUUGAGCUAUGUCGAUUGCUAGAGGAGAGAAGAUCAGCUGUUCUGAGGGCUGAUGAACUAGAGACAGCACUAAUGGAGAUGGUUAAGCAAGAUAAUCGACGUGAAUUAAGUGCAAAGGUAGAGCAGUUAGAACAAGAAUUAUCCGAGCUAAGGCAAUCUCUAUCAGACAAGGAGGAACAGGAACAAGCAAUGCUUCAGGUCCUCAUGCGUGUAGAGCAAGAACAGAAGGUUACAGAGGAUGCCCGCAUCUUUGCUGAGCAAGAUGCAGCUGCUCAGAAAUUUGCUUCACAUGUCCUUCAGGAAAAGUAUGAUGAAGCUAUGGCUUCACUCGCGCAAAUGGAGAACAGAGCAGUCAUGGCAGAAACAAUGUUGGAGGCAACACUUCAAUACCAAUCUAGCCAUCAGAAAGCACAACUACCAUCCCCUUCCCCUUCUCCAAGGACACCAACGCGAGACGCAUCUCCUGGCCAAGUGAACCAAGAUUCGUCACAGGAGUUUCAGCCUAGAAAAAUAAGUUUGCUUGCCCCAUUUUCACUCAGUUGGCGUGACAAGAACAAGGGCAAACAAGAUGAGUCAACAAACGGCAAGCUUAAUAACAACACUGAGCAAAGUGUUGAGACACCAAAGACAGACCAUGGAAAUCAGGAGGCGACGCCAAAAGAGGGUGAACAGCAAGUAGAAACACCCAGAUUGGAGACGGCCAAGAUGGACGGCGAUGUGCCAACUGUCGAGACGACCACGGAUAAAAUGAACGGGCAGGAAGAACAUUUAGAAGAAGUAAAACUGGAUUGAUCCGUCAGCCGAUCACAUUUGGUGGUAGAUAGUGCCUUCUCAUUUUGAAAGGAAGCUGAAGUCACGACAUUCGGCUCCAAUUUUUAAAUCGUGUAUUGUUGUAGUUUCCCCCCCUAUUCUUCCCUGUGUCCAGCUUGUGUCACUUCGUUUAGGUUCAUAGAUUCAACCUUUCCAACCAUACCUCGCCAAAAGAUAAUAAGUUAUGUUUUUCCUGUUCAUUGUUAAGAUGGCUGUAAGAGUGUAAGUUAUGGAUAUGUAUACAUGAAAGACAUACGACGUGAAUGAAAGUGCAAUUUUUGUA